AUGGUUCCUCCCCCUCCUAUUAACAAGUCCCAUGUUUGCCUAUCCACUACACUCAUCAUGAGCAGCAUGGUGCUGAUGGAUGCUUAUCUAGUGGAACAGAACCAGGGUUCUAGGAAAUUGGCUAUUUGCAUCAUGGUCUCAGUUGGAGACAUUUGCUUCCUGGUGAUACUCAGGUAUGUUGCUGUUUGGGUUGGGGCUGAAGUGAGGACUGCUAAGCGAGGCUAUGCCAUGAUUCUUUGGUUCCUGUAUGUCUUUGUGCUGGAAAUCAAAGUCUACUUCGUUUAUCAGAACUAUAAGGCUGACAGGAAAAGUUUGGACCUCAUAGCCCGCAAAGCAUUGACCCUUCUACUGUCAAUCUGCAUCCCAGCGCUCUAUGUGCUUUUGGUGGCUACAGAGCAUAUGGAGUACGUCAGGACGUUCAAGAAAAAGGAGGACCUUCGCAAUCGUCUCUUCUGGGUCAUUGUCGACAUGCUGGAUGUCCUGGACAUUCAGGCUAAUCUCUGGGAACCUCAGAAGAAAGGGUUACCCAUCUGGGCUGAAGGCCUGAUGUUCUUCUACUGCUAUAUCCUCCUCUUGAUUCUGCCUUGUGUGUCGCUGUGUGAAAUUAGUAUGCAAGGAAUCAGCAUUGUGCCGCACCGCAUGAUGUUGUACCCAAUUCUGAGCAUGCUUACAAUCAAUAUCACCACCAUCUUCAUCAGGGGAAGCAAUAUGUUAUUCUUCCGGGACAUUCGUGUCUCUGGUAUCUUCAUGGGGAAGAACGUGCUGGCCAUUGUUCUAAAGAUCUGCAUGUUUGUGCAGUACAAGAAACAUUUGUAUCACACAUCAGCAGGACAUGGCACAGUAGAACCGCAGCAUAAUCUUCCUUCCCAACCACAGCCUGUCAUGCAUCUACUAAAGCCCCAGAAUCAGAUUCCCUGCCCUGAGGAAUUGGCCCAGGAAAACACAUGACAUGCAGCACAUCCACAUGCCAUGUGGCAAGGAACAUCUUAUGUCUAUGAUCAUUAAGAUCAAAAGCAAAGUGGAACCAAAUGUAUCAGGCCCCACCAAGC